AUGCGGCGCCUCGUCCACGGUCUGGCCAUCCUCCUCCUCCAGCUCGCGAUCAUGAUACCAAUCUUAAUACCAUCCAACAUGAUCACAUUUACGCCGUUCGUCUUCCUUGGCAUCAUCGGCGUCGACACUAUCGGCCCCUGCGACGGCCUCCGGUGGCGCCGGCUCCCCGUCGUGCUCCCGAUCGCGCUCCUCUUUGACCUUCCGCUGGCUUCAUGGAUCUCGGCGAUGUGCAUUCUAGAGUGCUGCAUCCUGCAUCCGCUCGCUCGCACUGCCUACUCGCUUCUCGCUCGCCGUCCUUCCUCAGCCAAGCUCGAGGCGCCCAAUCCAAGCGCUUCGGAUCUCGAGGACAGCCACCCUCUCUCGUCGCAAUCGCGCCGCGCGUCCUCGAGCAGCGAAGGCUCUCGCUACCGCGAGCACGCGUCCAUCUGGUCCGCGCUCGAGGGCGGCGACGGCAGCGAGGUCCGAUGUGGCGACGUGCGGCUGCUCAGUCUCGCGUGGCUGCUUGCGCUCGCCGACCGUGGCGGGGUGCUGCCGCGGCGGCAGGAGCUGCCCGAGGAGGCCUUCCUCGGGGCGGCGCGGCUCCGGCAGAUUGAGGCGGCCGCCAGGCGCGCCAUCGACCGCCGCGGGUUCGUGACUGCGCUCGAGGCCCUCGCCAAGGGCACCAGCAUCCUCGGCUUUCUCGGCUUCUGGACCAGCGCCUUCCGCCGGAAGCGGAACGUCGACGGCCUCCUCCCGAUCGUCUCCAUCUCCUACUGCUGGCUCGAGGCCGCGCAUCCGGAUCGGGAGGGCCGCCAGCUGCAGCUGCUCUCCCGCAAGCUGCGGAGCCUGUACGGCGGGCGAGGCCUGCUCGGCGCUUGCCGCGAGUACGGCUUCUCCGACAUGGGCGUGUUCUUCGACUGGGGCUCGGGCUACCAAAAGGACCCGGCGCUGUGGAGGGGGUGGAUGGCCGACACAGCGCUGUACGCGAUGAGCGACGCCGAGCUGCGGAGGGGCCUAGGGGGCGGCGACCCCGAGCGGAUGGCUGCCGAGCGGAUGGCUGCCGAGCGGACGGCUGCCGAGCGGCACUCGUACGAGGCGCUCGAGGAAGGCUCGCUGUACGCGCUCAGCGAGGAGUCGCUCAGCAUGAUGGCGGGCGGCGAUCGGAUGGCCGACCCCUGGACCAUGUGCCCGACUGAGGAUGAGUGGUCGACGCAGGCGAGCCGGACCGAGGAGGAGAAGGCCGCCUUCGGUCGCAUGCUCCAGCACACCAUGGACUUGUGGUACGCGCACUCUGCGAUCACCGUCGUGCUGCUCACGCAGCUGCCCGACGAGCUACCCGCCGGCUUCGACCAGAGCCGGACCUACGACACUCGAGGCUGGACCACCUUCGAGCGGUGCUCCGCCGAGCUCGCCAAGAGCUACCAGCUGCAGGUCGCAAAGUGGAAGCUCGUCAUCGACGUGGCCGACGAGGGGGGCUGCUCCCAGCGGCGGCUCCCCACCACUCCCGCGCGGAUGGCGCAGCUGCUCGCCGGCUGCCGCUUCACCAACGGCGCCGACUCUGCGACCGUGCUCGCGCUGUACGCACAGACGGCGACGGCGGUGCUGGGCACGGUCGAGAAGCUGAGCUACCAGGGGCUGCCCCUCGUGCGCGGCGACCCGUGGUGCAGCCCGUCCCGCCUGGCCGAGGCGCUCAACUACUGCCAGCGCCUCCGCCACCUGGUGCUGAGGGGCAGCCGCCUCGGCGACGACGAGGUGGAGGAGCUGGUCGCAGGGCUCGAGGGCGGCGCGCUGCCCGCGCUGGAGGCCCUCCACCUGGGGGCGAACAGGUUCGCAGCCCGCGGCACCGGCGCGUGCUGCGCCCUCCUUCGCCGCGGCGUGGCGCCACAGCUGCAGCACCUCUCCCUCUCCUUCAUGCCGACGCUUGGCGACGAGUCCGCCGCGGCGCUCGCUGCCGCGCUAGCGACGGGCUCCCUGCCGCACAAGCUCGCCGUGGACGUCUCCUUUUGUAGCUUAGCCGACGAGGGCGCAAAGGCCAUCGCCGCCGCCCUCCCCCUUGCUGGCCCCUCCUGCAACAUCAUCUGCUGGUUCAACCAGUUCGGCCUGGCGGGCCAGUCGGCGAUGCUCGCCGCACUCGACGCUAAGCACGGCCCGGCGUUUGCGCACGGGACCAAGGCGGGGGCGGGGAGGGGGCCGGGGGCGGGCCACGGCGCUGCUGGCCCCCCGGCGCUUGGCAUCUGGACGCGGAACUGGAAGCGGUCGCCGGCGGACAGGCCGGCGGGGAUGGCGACGCCGGCGGGGCCGGCGGUAGUCAUGACCUGCAUCACCUGGCCGGCGAGCACACCGUCGGGCACGACGGCCUCGAGGGCUUGCGAGGCCAUGGGGGCCUCGAGGGCUUGCGAGGCCAUGGGGGCGGCGGCGAGCCCGCCGUCCACCAGCCCGGGGGCCGCGAGGGCCUGCGCGUUCAGCGGCCAGCUCCACAUAGGCGAGCCGUACAUCGGCACGGGGGGCGCCCCCGCAUAUCCCGGGAAGAAGUGCGGCAGGGCCGGCCAGGGCGGGGCCGGCGUUCCCGGCAAACCCGGCACGCCGGGCGGCGCUUGCCCCGCGCUCCAGCUCUCUGCCCCAGCAGACGUGCGCGACUUUUCUGCGCUUCUGGGGGUGGGCAACGGCGGCAGCGGCAGCAUCGGCGGCAUGGGCGGGUUCGGCAUGGGCGUCGGCGUGGGCGGCUCACUUUGGCGAAUGAAGGCGGCCAAGGCAAACCUUCGCGAGAUCUACUCGCCCCCGUGA